AUGGACAGCAAGGAGCAAUUCUUGGUCGAUUUCGAGCAAAAGAAGUGGGUCGAAGCCUCGUCUUCCUCCGCGGGGCGUGCGGCAGCCAUCGACGUCACGCCCGAGUCAGUCGUACAGGAGCAUGUCGGCGAGUCAGAUGCGGGGGAUGUUCUGUCAGAGCUCAGUGAGCAGACUCGCUCAGCAGGAGCAAGAGCAGACGAGCUGAGGAAGAGACGGCUGGAGGCAGCCAAGAAGCGAAUGCAGCUGAAAAAGGCGACAAGCUGA